AUGCGGGCUACCCACCAGCCACGCGGCUGUGAUCAAAGUCGGGCUGCGGCGGCUGGUAGCGGAAGUCGCAGCGCUGCAAGCGCGCUGCCAGAGUGUCCGGUGCUGUGCACAGUACGAAAGCAAAGUGGAAUGCGGGCUACCCACCAGCCACGCGGCUGUGAUCAAAGUCGGGCUGCGGCGGCUGGUAGCGGAAGUCGCAGCGCUGCAAGCGCACUGCCAGAGUGUCCGCUGCUGUGCACAGUACGAAAGCAAAGUGGAAUGCGGGCUACCCACCAGCCACGCGGCUGUGAUCAAAGUCGGGCUGCGGCGGCUGGUAGCGGAAGUCGCAGCGCUGCAAGCGCACUGCCAGAGUGUCCGCUGCUGUGCACAGUACGAAAGCAAAGUGGAAUGCGGGCUACCCACCAGCCACGCGGCUGUGAUCAAAGUCGGGCUGCGGCGGCUGGUAGCGGAAGUCGCAGCGCUGCAAGCGCACUCCAGAGUGUCCGCUGCUGUGCACAGUACGAAAGCAAAGUGGAAUGCGGGCUACCCACCAGCCACGCGGCUGUGAUCAAAGUCGGGCUGCGGCGGCUGGUAGCGGAAGUCGCAGCGCUGCAAGCGCGCUGCCAGAGUGUCCGCUGCUGUGCACAGUACGAAAGUAAAGUGGAAUGCGGGCUACCCACCAGCCACGCGGCUGUGAUCAAAGUCGGGCUGCGGCGGCUGGUAGCGGAAGUCGCAGCGCUGCAAGCGCGCUGCCAGAGUGUCCGCUGCUGUGCACAGUACGAAAGCAAAGUGGAAUGCGGGCUACCCACCAGCCACGCGGCUGUGAUCAAAGUCGGGCUGCGGCGGCUGGUAGCGGAAGUCGCAGCGCUGCAAGCGCGCUGCCAGAGUGUCCGCUGCUGUGCACAGUACGAAAGCAAAGUGGAAUGCGGGCUACCCACCAGCCACGCGGCUGUGAUCAAAGUCGGGCUGCGGCGGCUGGUAGCGGAAGUCGCAGCGCUGCAAGCGCACUGCCAGAGUGUCCGCUGCUGUGCACAGUACGAAAGCAAAGUGGAAUGCGGGCUACCCCCUAGCCACGCGGCUGUGAUCAAAGUCGGGCUGCGGCGGCUGGUAGCGGAAGUCGCAGCGCUGCAAGCGCACUGCCAGAGUGUCCGCUGCUGUGCACAGUACGAAAGCAAAAUGGAAUGCGGGCUACCCACCAGCCACGCGGCUGUGAUCAAAGUCGGGCUGCGGCGGCUGGUAGCGGAAGUCGCAGCGCUGCAAGCGCACUGCCAGAGUGUCCGCUGCUGUGCACAGUACGAAAGCAAAGUGGAAUGCGGGCUACCCACCAGCCACGCGGCUGUGAUCAAAGUCGGGCUGCGGCGGCUGGUAGCGGAAGUCGCAGCGCUGCAAGCGCGCUGCCAGAGUGUCCGCUGCUGUGCACAGUACGAAAGCAAAGUGGAAUGCGGGCUACCCACCAGCCACGCGGCUGUGAUCAAAGUCGGGCUGCGGCGGCUGGUAGCGGAAGUCGCAGCGCUGCAAGCGCGCUGCGAGAGUGUCCGCUGCUGUGCACAGUACGAAAGCAAAGUGAAAUGCGGGCUACCCACCAGCCACGCGGCUGUGAUCAAAGUCGGUCUGCGGCGGCUGGUAGCGGAAGUCGCAGCGCUGCAAGCGCACUGCCAGAGUGUCCGCUGCUGUGCACAGUACGAAAGCAAAGUGGAAUGCGGGCUACCCCCUAGCCACGCGGCUGUGAUCAAAGUCGGGCUGCGGCGGCUGGUAGCGGAAGUCGCAGCGCUGCAAGCGCACUGCCAGAGUGUCCGCUGCUGUGCACAGUACGAAAGCAAAGUGGAAUGCGGGCUACCCACCAGCCACGCGGCUGUGAUCAAAGUCGGGCUGCGGCGGCUGAUAGCGGAAGUCUCAGCCCUGCAAGCGCGCUGCCAGUGUCCGCUGCUGUGCACAUACGAAAGCAAAAUGGAAUGCGGGCUACCCACCAGCCACGCGGCUGUGAUCAAAGUCGGGCUGCGGCGGCUGGUAGCGGAAGUCGCAGCGCUGCAAGCGCACUGCCAGAGUGUCCGCUGCUGUGCACAGUACGAAAGCAAAGUGGAAUGCGGGCUACCCACCAGCCACGCGGCUGUGAUCAAAGUCGGGCUGCGGCGGCUGAUAGCGGAAGUCUCAGCGCUGCAAGCGCGCUGCCAGAGUGUCCGCUGCUGUGCACAGUACGAAAGCAAAGUGGAAUGCGGGCUACCCACCAGCCACGCGGCUGUGAUCAAAGUCGGGCUGCGGCGGCUGGUAGCGGAAGUCGCAGCGCUGCAAGCGCACUGCCAGAGUGUCCGCUGCUGUGCACAGUACGAAAGCAAAGUGGAAUGCGGGCUACCCACCAGCCACGCGGCUGUGAUCAAAGUCGGGCUGCGGCGGCUGGUAGCGGAAGUCGCAGCGCUGCAAGCGCACUGCCAGAGUGUCCGCUGCUGUGCACAGUACGAAAGCAAAGUGGAAUGCGGGCUACCCACCAGCCACGCGGCUGUGAUCAAAGUCGGGCUGCGGCGGCUGGUAGCGGAAGUCGCAGCGCUGCAAGCGCGCUGCCAGAGUGUCCGCUGCUGUGCACAGUACGAAAGCAAAGUGGAAUGCGGGCUACCCACCAGCCACGCGGCUGUGAUCAAAGUCGGGCUGCGGCGGCUGGUAGCGGAAGUCGCAGCGCUGCAAGCGCGCUGCCAGAGUGUCCGCUGCUGUGCACAGUACGAAAGCAAAGUGGAAUGCGGGCUACCCACCAGCCACGCGGCUGUGAUCAAAGUCGGGCUGCGGCGGCUGGUAGCGGAAGUCGCAGCGCUGCAAGCGCACUGCCAGAGUGUCCGCUGCUGUGCACAGUACGAAAGCAAAGUGGAAUGCGGGCUACCCCCUAGCCACGCGGCUGUGAUCAAAGUCGGGCUGCGGCGGCUGGUAGCGGAAGUCGCAGCGCUGCAAGCGCACUGCCAGUGUCCGCUGCUGUGCACAGUACGAAAGCAAAGUGGAAUGCGGGCUACCCACCAGCCACGCGGCUGUAAUCAAAGUCGGGCUGCGGCGGCUGAUAGCGGAAGUCUCAGCGCUGCAAGCGCACUGCCAGAGUGUCCGCUGCUGUGCACAGUACGAAAGCAAAGUGGAAUGCGGGCUACGCACCAGCCACGCGGCUGUGAUCAAAGUCGGGCUGCGGCGGCUGGUAGCGGAAGUCGCAGCGCUGCAAGCGCACUGCCAGAGUGUCCGCUGCUGUGCACAGUACGAAAGCAAAGUGGAAUGCGGGCUACCCACCAGCCACGCGGCUGUGAUCAAAGUCGGGCUGCGGCGGCUGGUAGCGGAAGUCGCAGCGCUGCAAGCGCACUGCCAGAGUGUCCGCUGCUGUGCACAGUACGAAAGCAAAGUGGAAUGCGGGCUACCCACCAGCCACGCGGCUGUGAUCAAAGUCGGGCUGCGGCGGCUGAUAGCGGAAGUCGCAGCGCUGCAAGCGCACUGCCAGAGUGUCCGCUGCUGUGCACAGUACGAAAGCAAAGUGGAAUGCGGGCUACCCACCAGCCACGCGGCUGUGAUCAAAGUCGGGCUGCGGCGGCUGGUAGCGGAAGUCGCAGCGCUGCAAGCGCACUGCUAGAGUGUCCGCUGCUGUGCACAGUACGAAAGCAAAGUGGAAUGCGGGCUACCCACCAGCCACGCGGCUGUGAUCAAAGUCGGGCUGCGGCGGCUGGUAGCGGAAGUCGCAGCGCUGCAAGCGCGCUGCCAGAGUAUCCGCUGCUGUGCACAGUACGAAAGCAAAGUGGAAUGCGGGCUACCCACCAGCCACGCGGCUGUGAUCAAAUUCGGGCUGCGGCGGCUGGUAGCGGAAGUCGCAGCGCUGCAAUCGCACUGCCAGAGUGUCCGCUGCUGUGCACAGUACGAAAGCAAAGUGGAAUGCGGGCUACCCACCAGCCACGCGGCUGUGAUCAAAGUCGGGCUGCGGCGGCUGGUAGCGGAAGUCGCAGCGCUGCAAGCGCACUGCCAGAGUGUCCGCUGCUGUGCACAGUAGGAAAGCAAAGUGGAAUGCGGGCUACCCACCAGCCACGCGGCUGUGAUCAAAGUCGGGCUGCGGCGGCUGGUAGCGGAAGUCGCAGCGCUGCAAGCGCGCUGCCAGAGUGUCCGCUGCUGUGCACAGUACGAAAGCAAAGUGGAAUGCGGGCUACCCACCAGCCACGCGGCUGUGAUCAAAGUCGGGCUGCGGCGGCUGGUAGCGGAAGUCGCAGCGCUGCAAGCGCGCUGCCAGAGUGUCCGCUGCUGUGCACAGUACGAAAGCAAAGUGGAAUGCGGGCUACCCACCAGCCACGCGGCUGUGAUCAAAGUCGGGCUGCGGCGGCUGGUAGCGGAAGUCGCAGCGCUGCAAGCGCACUGCCAGAGUGUCCGCUGCUGUGCACAGUACGAAAGCAAAGUGGAAUGCGGGCUACCCACCAGCCACGCGGCUGUUAUCAAAGUCGGGCUGCGGCGGCUGGUAGCGGAAGUCGCAGCGCUGCAAGCGCGCUGCCAAAGUGUCCGCUGCUGUGCACAGUACGAAAGCAAAGUGGAAUGCGGGCUACCCACCAGCCACGCGGCUGUGAUCAGUCGGGCUGCGGCGGCUGGUAG